AGGCUUCGGAGGAAGCUGUUUAUGUGAUCCCCGCACUAAUUAGGCUCAUGAACUAACAAAUCGUUUGCACUACUAGUGAAGAAGCGAACACUUCCAUGGAUUGUCCUUGGACUUAGGGCGCCCUGCCCGCCUUUUGCAAAGGAGAGAAAACUUUUUUUUUGCCUCCCCGAAAACCCCCUCCCUGCCUCUAACUCCAAUCUCCCCCCCCCCCACGCCACCUCGCUCAAAAAAAUAUUACCCCAAUCCACGCCUGCAAAUUCUUCUGGAAGGAUUUUCCCCCCUCUCUCCAGGUUGGGCGCGUUUGGUGCAAGAUUCUCGGGAUCUUCGGCUUUGCCUCUCCUCCCCCUCCCCCUCCUUUCCUUUUUCCUUUCCUUUCUUCCUUCCUUCCUUUCCUUACCCCCACCCCCACCCCAAACAAACGAGUCCCCCAUUCUCCUCGGUCCUCGCCGCGGGCAGCGGGCGGCGGAGGCAGCGCGCCGCGGUCGCCGGGAGCAGGGAGCCCAGCGCGCCCGCUCCUCGGCGCAGCAUGUUUCAGCCGGCGCCCAAGCGCUGCUUCACCAUCGAGUCGCUGGUGGCCAAGGACAGUCCCCUGCCUGCCUCGCGCUCCGAGGAUCCCAUCCGUCCCGCGGCACUCAGCUACGCCAAUUCCAGUCCCAUAAAUCCGUUCCUCAACGGCUUCCACUCGGCCGCCGCCGCCGCCGCCGCCGGCAGGGGCGUCUACUCCAACCCGGACUUGGUGUUCGCCGAGGCGGUCUCGCACCCGCCCAACCCCGCCGUGCCGGUGCACCCGGUGCCGCCGCCGCACGCCCUGGCCGCCCACCCCCUGCCCUCCUCGCAUUCGCCACACCCCCUCUUCGCCUCGCAGCAGCGGGACCCGUCCACCUUCUACCCCUGGCUCAUCCACCGCUACCGAUAUCUGGGUCAUCGCUUCCAAGGGAACGACACAAGUCCCGAGAGUUUCCUUUUGCACAACGCUCUGGCCAGAAAGCCAAAGCGGAUUCGAACCGCCUUCUCGCCGUCCCAGCUUUUAAGGCUAGAGCACGCUUUUGAGAAGAACCAUUACGUGGUGGGAGCGGAAAGGAAGCAGCUGGCUCACAGUCUCAGUCUUACGGAAACUCAGGUAAAAGUAUGGUUUCAGAACCGGAGAACGAAAUUCAAAAGGCAAAAGCUAGAGGAAGAAGGCUCAGAUUCUCAACAGAAGAAAAAAGGGACACACCACAUUAACCGGUGGAGAAUUGCUACCAAGCAGGCGAGUCCGGAGGAAAUAGAUGUGACCUCAGACGAUUAAAAGUCCAAACCCAAUCCUACAAAAAUGGACAGCACAGAGCAAGAAAGACAGGGAGAGGAGGGGAAGAAAAACCCUACAAAACAAAAACAAACUGCACACACAUCCACCGAGAAAGGGAGAGAGGGAAUCAGAGCAGUGACGCUCGCAGCAGACUUUGGACAGCGAGGGCACUGGACCGGGAACCGGCGCCGGGCCGGGCACCGCUUACAGGACAGCAGAGGACGGAGGCCCGAUCAUCAACAUGCAACCCUCGUCUAAAGAGGCAGCUGAGUGAGUGAGAGAGACAGAGACUGGGAGGGAGAGAGAGGAAUGAGAGAGAGAGAGAGAGAGAAUGAAUGAUCCUUGUGAGGCAAAGGCACAUUCUGACAAGGGGAGCUGUCAGUCAAAUGCCAAACCAGGGAAACAAGAUGAUUGGCGGGUAUUCCGCUUAUCGAAGUCCAUUUAGAAAUGAUAAUGAUUUUUUUUUUUGGAAAAAAAAAGGCACAGGACUUUUAAUUUUGCACUUCACAGUGUUUCCCCCUCAUCUUUAAUUAGAAAUAACAUACAAAAUUCCAUGUCUAGCCCCAUCCUACACCUGUUUCAAAACUUGAAUUGCAUGUAGCAGUUGUCGGGCGAAUGGUGUCUAAAAACUGAAUUGUAAUUUUAUUCCUCUUUUAAAGACAGGUUCUGUGUAUUUUUAUUUUUUAUUUUUUUUCUGAGAAAUGUUCAGUCUGUAAAAACACUUUUUUGAUACCUUCUAUUGUCAAAGUGAUUGUGAAAGCUAAACGAAGUAGGCUCGGAGAUAGUGGUCCUCUGACAGAGAAAUGAGGGAGCAGGACUGGGAUGGAGGGCGGGGGAGGGUGCCCCUGAGAAGAAUCAGGACUCAUGCUAGGGGUAAAAACAACCCACGAUAAAAGACCCAAAUUAAUUCUAUUUCUUGGAUAUUUCCUUUCCUAACAUUCUGAUACUUUAAAUCACCAAGUCAACUUUUCCUUUUAGUGGUUGGAGAGAUUGACUGCAUCCAGCCACUCAUCAUAAUGGCCAUUCAGAACUUUUAAGUCUGUCUAUUGCAAAAGUGGAAGGAAGGACUGUAUUUAAUGGGGUGAUGGUGGCGUGGCCAAGGACAUGGGAGUUUUCAAGCACUGAGUUUCUCUUCCAAGACCAUAGACUUACUAAAGAGGGUUACAAAUGCUUCCUUAGUGUCUUCUAUACCAGAUUGUAAAUAUUUUUGUGUUUUGUGUUAAUUUGUUAGAAUUCUAACACACUAUAUACUUCCAAGAAGUAUGUCAAUGUCAAUAUUUUGUCAAUAAAGAUUUAUCAAUAUGCCCUCA